GGGCGUCUGUAGUCGCCUUGCUGUCUAAUCUCGAGAAAGAAGAAGUUCCCUUGGUUGUGGAAAAUGGCCGACGUCGAGAUGGAAAUCGCGUCGAGAAGAAUGAAUAAUUUCAACGAGCACGUGAAACAGGAAAUGGAAAGCCACGAGAGGAGUGGCAAUGAGGACAGCGGAGACGUGUCGGAGGAAGAAGAGGAAGAAGAGGAGGAGGCUGAGACCAACGGCGAGAAGCCUGAGGAGGCUGCGAAGCAGCACAGCAGCGGUGGUGGAAAACACAAGAGGAAAAAACACAAGCAUCGCAGCAAACAUAAGAAACACAAACACGCCACGGAGGAGGACAAGGAGCGCAAGCGCAAGCAUCGCCACAAACAUAGGAAACACAAGCGCAACAAGGAGGGCGAGGCGCCCUCCGCUGCCCCCGCACCUGCCACCAUCUUUGUCGCUUCCGGCCAUAAGAAAAGCGAAAGCUCCCCCUCCUCGGGUAACCCCGGCCUGGAUGACCGGGCGCUGCUGGAGGACCUGGAGAAGCAGAGGGCCAUGAUCAAAGCUGAGCUGGACAGUCAGCUGAUGGAGGGCAAAGUUCAGUCGGGCAUGGGCCUGAUCCUGCAGGGUUACAACUCGGGCUCGGAAGAGGACGCCGGCGAAGCCCGCGUCAGGAACGGAGAGCAGCGCCAGCGGGGCACCUCAGGGAAGGGCAUAUCCCCCCGCGCAGGGGUAGCUGCUAAAUCCAGACGGGACUCCACAGAGGGCAGCAGGACCUCUUCCAAGCGCCACAGCCCCGGCAAAAACACGGAGCGGCUCGCCAAGGAUUCCAGGCAAGACAAGGUGAGCAAAAGCGGCAAAGAUGCUAGCGUUAAGGACAAAGGCCGCGCCAGAAGCGCCUCAAAGGAAAGGAAGCAUUCAGACGCCACCGACAGGUCCAAGGGGAAGAGCAGGAAGUCCCCCUCGGAGCAGAAAAGCGCCCGCGCUGAGAAACAACGGCCCUCGCCGCAACGGGACGAGCGGCACGCGCAGGAAAAAGCGCGGCCGCGAUCCCGGUCGCCCGGCCGCGAGCGGCUCGCUCGCCCUGACGCCGAGCGAGACAAAAGACCGACCAAGUCGCCGUCCAAGGAUGCGUCAUCUGGCAAGGAGAACCGGUCGCCGCACCGACGGCCGCAGCACAGCCCCGUCCGGAAGCGCAGCAACUCGCCUCGCCUAAGAGACGCGCGCCACGCCUCGGCAGGCGCCGCCGAACGCAGUAGAGCCAGGUCGCCACCGCCGCCCCGGCGAGUGCGCUCGCCGGACGUCCGGAGGAGAGAAACGGAGAGGCAGGAGUCGCCAGUCAGGAAACGGCUUCGAGUGGAAGCCGGAUCGGGUCGAGACCGCUCGCGAGACAAAAGUCCGCCGGCGUCCUCUCGCCGCCGGGUGAGUCGCUCGCCCCUCAGGCGACGUUCCCCGUCGCCACGCCGACGCUCCCGCUCGUCCCCUCGCCGGCGGAGCCGCUCUCCGCUUUUGCACAGAUCCGGCGAUCGAGACCGAUAUGGGAGGCUGCGGCAGUACCGGCGCUCGACGUCGCGCGACCGCGGCAGGCGGCGGCGGCGCAGCAGAGACGAAGACAAGUUCAAGGGAAGUCUCUCGGAGGGCAUGAAGGUUGACCAGGAGUCCUCAGAAGAAGACAUGUUGGAUGACUUUGACGGCGAGGAGGUGGAUGAGGAGGCCUUGAUUGAGCAGCGCCGACAGCAACGAAUGGCCAUCGUGCAGAAAUACAAGGCGGCGAGCGAGGACACCAACAUGGUUUCGGAGCCCAGCAGCCCGCAGAGCAGCACGCGCAGCCGCUCGCCGUCGCCCGACGACAUCCUGGAGCGCGUCGCCGCCGACGUCAAGGAGUACGAGCGCGAGAACCUCAACACUUUUGAGGCCAGCAUCAAGGCCAAGCACAACCUCAUCGCCCAGGAGAAAGACGGGGCCAACCCCAAGAAGCCGUCGGCGCCCGACAUGUUCACCGAGUCGGACGACAUGUUUGCGGCGGACUUUGAUAGCGCCCGGAUGAGAGCCUGCGGAGUGGGCAAGGACUUCAAGGAGAACCCCAACCUCAGGGACAACUGGACCGACGCCGAGGGCUACUACAGGGUCAACAUCGGCGAGACGCUGGACAAGCGCUACGACGUCUACGGGUACACGGGCCAGGGCGUGUUCAGCAACGUAAUCCGAGCCAGAGACACCGCCAGGGCCGGCCAGGAGGUGGCGGUCAAGAUCAUCCGCAACAACGAGCUCAUGCAGAAGACGGGCUUGAAGGAGCUGGAGUUCCUCAAGAAGCUCAACGAUGCCGACCCCGACGACAAGUUCCACUGCCUGCGUCUCUUCAGACACUUUUACCACAAGCAGCAUCUGUGCUUGGUCUUUGAGCCGCUGAGCAUGAACCUACGCGAGGUGCUCAAGAAGUACGGCAAGGACGUGGGGCUGCACAUCAAGGCUGUGCGCUCGUACAGUCAACAGCUCUUCUUGGCCUUGAAGCUGCUCAAGAGAUGCAACAUCCUGCACGCCGACAUCAAGCCCGACAACAUCCUGGUGAACGAGUCCAAGACCAUCUUGAAACUGUGCGACUUCGGCUCGGCGUCGCACGUGGCCGACAACGACAUCACGCCGUACCUGGUUAGCAGGUUCUACCGAGCGCCGGAGAUCAUCAUCGGCAAGCCGUACGACUAUGGCAUCGACAUGUGGUCGGUGGGCUGCACGCUUUAUGAGCUCUACACGGGCAAGAUCCUCUUCCCGGGCUCCUCCAACAACCAUAUGAUCAAACUGGCCAUGGACGUCAAGGGCAAAAUGCCCAACAAGAUGAUCCGCAAGGGCUUGUUCAAAGACCAACACUUUGACCAGAACCUCAACUUCCUCUACAUCGAAGUGGACAAAGUCACGGAAAGGGAGAAGGUGACGGUGAUGAGCACCAUCAACCCCACCAAAGACCUGCUGGGCGACAUGAUCGGCGGCCAGCGUCUCCCGGAGGAGCAGCGCAAGAAGGUGAUGCAGCUGAAAGACCUGCUGGACGCCACCCUCAUGCUGGACCCGGCCAAGCGCAUCAGCAUCAACCAGGCCCUGCAGCACGCCUUCAUCCAGGAGAAGAUCUGACCGCACCAAAACCACUUCUGGUGGGCUUCCUUCGCUCAAACGGGGGUCUUGCACUGUAAAUACCACACGCUAGCUUCCCAUUAGCUUUCUUUCUUUCUUCUUUUUUUUUGUUUGUUUUGUUUUGUUUUUUUUAAGCGGCCCAGUCAUUGUAAACGUCCACAGUGAUGCUUUAAGUUAAGCGGCGUGAGACGGAUGUAAAUAGUGGACGUCGACGUGCAUGCUUUCAAACGUUCCGUGUACAAAUGGCGAGUUCGGAAGAAUCAUUUUUGUUUGUUGUUGUCGUUUUGUUUGAAGCACUGUGGUGUGUUUGAGGCUCCUCAAGUGCCUCCUCCCGUGACAGCCGACCACUUUGCCACUUCUUCGCCUCCUCCUCGUGUACAUAGACGCCCCUCAUCAUGAUUCUUUGGUCCCCCCCCACCCCCCUCCCACCCGUUCACAAUUAGAUGGUUUGGUCCAAUCUCGUGAUUCCAAUGAAGACUUCACUAGUCGCUGCCCACAGAUCUCCUUCACUUUACUUUUUAGUAAUAAAAAUAUUUCCUAUUACCAAA